GCCGCGCGCGGCGGAAGUGGGCGCACGUCCCGUGUCGCACCACCGUCUACGUUGAGGGAAGAAGGGAGUUGUCCCUGCGGCUGCUGGGUUCGGCUGCAGGGCGGAGGUGGCGGGCUACCAGGGAGCCGGCGGAGGCCGCGGUGGGGCUCCAGGAAGAUGUUACCGAGUAUUUCAGUGACUUCCCCAGUGCAGGGGAAUGGAGCGUUGAAUUCCAGGGAUGCAGCAAGACACACGGCUGGAGCGAAGCGGUACAAAUACCUGCGGAGGCUUUUUCGUUUUCGGCAGAUGGACUUUGAGUUUGCUGCCUGGCAGAUGCUCUACCUGUUCACGUCCCCGCAGAGGGUUUAUAGAAACUUUCAUUAUCGAAAGCAGACGAAGGAUCAGUGGGCCAGGGAUGACCCAGCGUUCUUGGUCCUGUUAAGUGUCUGGCUCUGUGUGUCCACUGUAGGAUUUGCCUUUGUGCUGGACAUGGGAUUUUUAAAGAUGCUAAAGCUUCUCCUUUGGGUCGUAUUCAUAGAUUGUGUAGGCGUUGGUCUUCUCAUCUCGACGCUGAUGUGGUUCAUCUCUAACAAGUACUUGGUGAAACGGCAGAGCAGAGACUACGACGUGGAGUGGGGCUACGCCUUUGAUGUGCAUCUGAACGCGUUUUAUCCUCUCCUAGUCAUCCUGCAUUUUAUCCAGCUGUUAUUUAUCAACCAUGUCAUCCUGACAGACACGUUUAUUGGCUAUUUGGUCGGAAACACCUUCUGGUUGAUUGCAGUGGGUUAUUACAUCUAUGUGACCUUCCUGGGAUACAGCGCAUUGCCAUUUUUGAAAAAUACAGUAAUUCUUCUCUACCCAUUUGCGCCUCUCAUUCUGCUCUACGGGCUGUCACUAGCCCUGGGAUGGAACUUCACUCAUGCGCUGUGCUCCUUCUACAAGUACAGAGUGAAAUGAAAACUGAGACUGUUGUAUCUUAACUGUGUCAACAGUAUUGGCGAAGUGAUUUCUUAGGAAACUUGUAAGUAAACUCUCAUUGUAGAUAUCUUCUUAAAGGUGUAAAGUUUGCCAAUUGAGGAAAUAUAUAUGUUAACACUAUUGUCAAAUACAUUCCUUAAAACUAAAUGUACAUUUCUAUAAUAAAUAUUUUUUAAAUUAAA